UAUAAACAUGAUGAGUUCAAAUCCUGUGUUCUGUUUAUGUCAUAAUAGUUACAUUAUUAUGAAUAUUUUGAAAAUAAAACCUUUUUUUAAAUAAAUACUUGUAAUAAAAUGAUAAUAGAAUGAAUCCAACAGAAUUUUGAGAUUGAAUCGCUUAAUAUGUGAUAUAAGUAUAAUUUUUGAGAGUUAAUGGUGACAGAGAUUAGUUACAGCUGCUGUUAUUGGAGCCUUUACAGUGACAUUCACUCCGUCUCGCAUUUCAAAGUGGUGCCACAAAUCAUCAGGCUGUGCACCGCGGUACAAAACGUGUGUGACAUUCCAGUUGAUUACCCUGCUCAGCUGGAUUUAAGGCCAAAGCACUAACCGUGCAAAAUGCAACUCUCCCUCAGAGAUGCACGGUCUCCCCCUCUCUGCAAUUGCUGCUUAUUUUACAGACUGUAUUUCAUUGAUUUAAUUCUACAUUUUGCCUCUAUGUGCUGCUGGCUGGAUUGUUUUUGGCGCGGUUCAUCUUAAAUGACUUGCUAAUGUAACCCCUCAUAUGUGCUGCAUCAUUAGCUCGUAGACGAACCGCACUUAUAUCCCCAAAGACGCCAUCUGGCCGGGUGCUUACAGUAUUUAGUCAAUGCAAAUGACAUUUUCAUGAGCGUUUACAAACACAGACACAUGCAUCGUUAUGCUGUUCUAUUAUACCACCGCAUUAAAGUAUUAACGCUGCUCACUCCAGAUGAGAAUAAUUCCUUCGGCAUCAUUUUGGUCCUGCAAACUGGGAUUGUAAUCGACUUGCUGUGUGUGCGGUUGUCUUCCCUUAAGCAUUUUCUGCAGAGACUGGAGCAGCUGAAUCAGUAUCCAGACUUCAACAACUAUUUGAUAUUCGUCCUGACAAAGUUGAAAUCGGAAGACGAGCCAACCCGAUCCUUGAGCGGACUGAUUCUGAAGAACAAUGUCAAGGCUCACUAUCAUAACUUCCCAAACGGCGUGUCUGAUUUCAUCAAGAGCGAGUGCCUCCAAAACAUCGGGGAUUCUUCUCCCCUCAUUCGGGCCACAGUCGGUAUCCUUAUCACCACAAUUGCCUCCAAAGGAGAGCUGCAAAACUGGCCUGAGCUGCUGCCAAAUCUUUGCCUUCUGCUGGACUCUGAGGACUACAACACAUGUGAGGGAGCAUUCGGAGCGCUGCAGAAGAUCUGCGAGGAUUCUGCUGAGAUCCUGGACAGUGACAUGCUGGACCGUCCGCUUAAUGUCAUGAUCCCCAAGUUUCUGCAGUUUUUUACACACAGGAGUCCUAAAAUUAGGUCUCACGCCAUCGCCUGUGUCAACCAGUUUAUCAUCAGCAGGACUCAGGCGCUGAUGCUUCACAUCGACCCUUUCAUCGAGAACCUGUUUGCUCUGGCGACGGACGACGAGCCGGAGGUGAGGAAGAACGUGUGCAGAGCUCUGGUCAUGCUGUUGGAGGUCCGUCUGGACCGCCUCCUGCCGCACAUGCACAACAUCAUCGAGUACAUGCUUCAGAGGACUCAGGACCAAGACGAGAACGUCGCGCUGGAGGCCUGCGAGUUCUGGCUUACUCUCGCGGAGCAGCCUGUGUGCAAGGAGGUUCUGUGCGGUCACCUCUCUCAGCUCAUUCCAGUGCUUGUCAACGGUAUGAAGUACUCAGAGAUUGACAUCAUCCUGCUCAAGGGCGACAUUGAGGAGGAUGAAGCCAUUCCAGACAACGAGCAAGACAUCAGACCCCGCUUCCACCGCUCCCGCACGGUUGCCCAGCAACACGAGGGUGAUGGGAUUGAAGAAGAGGAUGAUGAUGAUGACGAGCUGGAUGAUGAUGACGCCAUCUCUGACUGGAACCUGCGAAAAUGCUCGGCGGCAGCGCUGGACGUGUUGGCCAACGUCUUCAGGGACGAUCUCCUGGUGCACAUCCUCCCUCUGCUCAAAGAGCUGCUUUUCCACCCAGAGUGGGUAGUCAAAGAGUCUGGCAUCUUAGUGCUGGGGGCUAUAGCUGAAGGCUGCAUGCAGGGCAUGAUCCCAUAUUUGCCUGAGCUCAUCCCACAUCUCAUCCAGUGCUUGUCCGACAAGAAGGCGCUGGUGCGAUCCAUCACCUGCUGGACCCUGAGCCGCUACGCCCACUGGGUGGUCAGCCAGCCGCCGGACAUCUACCUGAAGCCUUUAAUGACGGAGCUGCUCAAGCGGAUUCUAGACAGCAACAAGCGGGUUCAGGAGGCCGCCUGCAGUGCCUUUGCCACCCUGGAGGAGGAGGCUUGCACAGAACUGGUGCCGUACCUGGCGUUCAUCCUGGACACCCUGGUGUAUGCCUUCAACAAGUACCAACACAAAAACCUGCUCAUCCUUUACGACGCCAUCGGAACGCUGGCAGACUCGGUGGGACACCACCUCAACAAACCAGAGUACAUCCAGAUGUUGAUGCCACCAUUGAUCCAAAAGUGGAAUCAGCUUAAAGAUGAAGACAAAGAUCUUUUUCCUCUAUUAGAAUGUCUGUCCUCUGUAGCCACGGCGCUACAGAGCGGCUUCCUGCCAUAUUGUGAGCCCGUGUACCAACGCUGUGUCAACCUGGUCCAGAAAACUCUGGCUCAGGCCAUGCUUCAUCAGUCACAGCCAGACCAGUACGAGGCUCCUGACAAAGACUUCAUGAUCGUGGCUUUGGAUCUCCUCAGUGGACUGGCCGAAGGUUUGGGGGGCACCAUCGAGCAGCUGGUUGCUCGUAGCAACAUCCUCACCCUCAUGUACCAGUGCAUGCAGGACAAAAUGCCAGAAGUGCGGCAGAGUUCUUUCGCGUUACUUGGAGAUCUGACUAAGGCUUGUUUCCAGCAUGUCAAACCAUGCAUCGGUGAUUUCAUGCCAAUAUUGGGAACUAACUUAAACCCUGAGUUAAUAUCAGUGUGCAACAAUGCAACCUGGGCAAUCGGAGAGAUAUCUAUACAAAUGGGGCCUGAAAUGCAGCCAUACGUUGCCAUGGUGCUGCACCAGCUGGUGGAGAUCAUAAACAGGCCCAACACUCCAAAGACUCUUCUGGAAAACACAGCAAUAACAAUUGGUCGUCUUGGUUACGUUUGUCCUCAAGAGGUGGCUCCCAUGCUACAGCAGUUUAUAAGACCCUGGUGCACCUCUCUGCGAAAUAUAAGAGACAAUGAGGAGAAAGACUCCGCCUUCAGAGGAAUUUGCACCAUGAUCAGUGUAAAUCCAGGAGGCGUAGUGCAGGAUUUUAUAUUCUUCUGUGAUGCAGUGGCCUCCUGGGUUAAUCCAAAAGAGGAUCUGAGAGAAAUGUUCUACAAGAUCCUUCAUGGCUUUAAGAACCAGGUGGGAGAAGAGAAUUGGAGGCGUUUCGCGGAUCAGUUCCCGAUGCCACUGAAGGAACGCUUGGCAGCCUUUUAUGGGGUGUAGCUGUUUCCACCGCACUGUGGUCAUUCACUGUGGGAUUUGAUGUCGGGAACCAUCCCAGGGAACGUUACCCUUUACUGGGGGGAAGGGUGUGCUCUCUGAGGGGAGGGAAGGGUCGCAGACCCCUCCUCAACUCAGUGGACGGGGUGGGAGGGAGGUGGCAGUAGCUGCAGUGCCCUCGUGCACGAGCUAAGGGGGAAAAGCAGAGCAAACCUUAUCAUGGGAGGAUCAUUCACUUAAAUCACAAAUAUUUUCUUUUCCUCCGUUGAUUUCCCAAUGUUUUAGUUAAAAAUGGGGGUUUUAAGGCAUAUUUGCAUUUCUAAGAAGGCUGUUCUGGAAAGAGGAAAUUAUAAUUAUGCCGAGGUGUUGUAGCUUCAAGCCCUGAGAUGUUCUCAAAAGAACCAGAUUCUCCAAACCUCCUGUAGCAAAGCAGAGGCUUUCAGUCUCCACGGAGCUAAUUCAAGGAACAGCUUUCCUGGGAAUGGGUAGCAUGCUUUUAUUAUUGUGGAAAAAAAACUGUUAAACAUCAGUGAUGUGUGUUGACAGUGGACAUAGCUUACUGGAUAAGGUUCUUUGGUCAUGUGACUUUUGUACUUUUUGCCAUACGUUUGUUUCCUCUGCCAGAUGACUGCAGCCGAAGCGCUGUACCGUAGCAUGACAGGGUUUAAGUUUAGGCUCUGUGUAACAUCCCAGCGUGAACAGCAAGCCUCUGUUUGCUUCUGUGGCGUGAAUGUAACAUUGAUCAGCAGGCACAUCGAAGCUUUAGUUGCUUUAUCUUCAGUGUUGUCUGUGACUGAAAAAUGAAGGAGACUAUGCAGGUUAGCAUCCUGCCUGUUGUUUUUAUGGGACAAUAAGAAGACUCUGUAAUUGUGACACAAAACCAUCCAAUCAAUGUUGAAUAUGUUUCCUUUUUCCUGCUUCCUGUGUUAACAGCAUGAUCUUUAGGGUGACUGUGUAAUGUUCUGGGUGGUUGUCACUGUGAGGUACUUGGAUGCUUUCAUCUCUUGCAUGUUGGUGGCCCGUCACACCCCAGCGUAUCGUGAGCGGGAAGGGGAUCGUGGGAGGGAGGGAGGGGAGCUUUAACUCUUUUAAGAAGUAUGUAUCGCCACACUGAGACUCAUAUAACCCUUACACGUGCCGGAGUGCUCUCCCUGAACCAUCCCUCCCCAUCGCUGGAUGUCGUUUUUAAAUACUGUGAAAGUACAAGAAUGUGUCGUUUUACUUCAAGUGUCAAAAUGUUUUUGUUUGUUUUUCUAGCCUGGAUGUAUUCCAUGAUGAGGUGGAGAGACUUAAAUUUUUUUUAAGAACCCAGCCAGUGAAAUUUCCUCUGCUGGUCAGAGCAAAAACUGUAGUAUUUUAAUCCUUUUUAAUGGAUAGUAACUGCUUGAAUAAAUGCCAAACUCCUGACAGAUGAAUUACUGCUGCUAAUCAUGUAAUACACAAAAAAGCCAUCUUUAUACAGCAGUUAUUGGAGGGUCACUGCGAAGAAGAAUUAACAUUACUUUAAAUUUAAAGGUGAACUGCAGGACAUCAUGGAAUACAAAGGCAAAUUCUUCUGAAUCCAGUCAUUUUGUGUUUUUUAAAAAAAGUGAUUUUGUUUGUCACAUUCCAGCUGUUCGGCAUGCAAGAAAAAGGAGUCGCCACAUCCGUCACUGAGAGAUUGUGUCAAUGAAAAAUAAUCCCCACUAUUACUGUGCCGUCCUCGACUCGACCGCUGCUAUGAUUUUCUCGUCGUGUUUCACCACUUGAAUAUGUGUUUUGUAGUUUCUGACCUCAGGUUGUUGUUUUUUUGUUCCAGUGUUAUUUAUCUUUUUACCAACGUGUACGCCUUUAUGCAUCUCCUCACUCGUCCAGUAAAAGUCGCUCUUCGUGUUAUGUAACCGUGGGUGUUGCAUUGGCAUCCAUUGGCGUUGAUCUGUGCAACUCUGAGCCCUCAUGCGUUGACAUUAAUUGCAAAACUAAAGAGUUAGAACAAUUCAGAAGUGGUAACUUGCACACAUCUUUGGUCAAUAGUUGAAUCUCUGCACAAUGCCGUCAGAGCAAAUAUUUCAAUUAUUUGGUCUUUUGCAAUGAAGUUAUACUCCUACAAACAGCAGAAAUGGUUUAAAAAUAAUAAGUUGGCAAUGUUUGCAAAUACAAGUGUGACUUUCUACAAAGCUUUAUUGAAUUUUGUAUUUUAUAAAGCACUCACCCAUGGUGAAGAAUGUCUGCUCUUGUAUUCAAUUAGCUUUUAAACCUACAAAUAGUGUCUGCCUUCACAUUUUUUGCUAAGAAAAGCAAAAACAUCAUUUUAAUAAACAUUUUUUCCUCUUUUUUUUAAAUAAGCUGCUGAAUUUUAAGAAAAAAAAGUAAUACUUUUGGGGCCACCAAAUAUUUUGGAUCAUGCAAAGAUUCUAUAUUGUACUGUAGUAAUUUUGUAAUAUUUGUAAGAUGAAAUAGUGAGUGUGACUGGUUACCAUUGCUUGAAUCUGUACAUUGUUCCAAUAAAUUGUUUACAUUAUAAA